CCUCGAAGAGCAGCCCCCCUUCUGGCGUCUUUUGGUGCCCAGAGACGCUCACAGACACGCAGAUGUGUGCAUUCUCUGCUUUGCCCACCGGCGAUGCAAAGAGACUCUGCAGCCAAUCCUGACGCCAGGGGCCUGUUCUGUUCAUCUCAGCUGGAUUGUCUGCCAGCAUCAACGACUUCCGCUCGUCCUAUGGCCUAGGGGCACGCAUCUGCUUUCCCAUCGGCCAGAUCAGUCUUUUCUAAGUCUCCAGACUGGCUUGCAUCCGAUUUUCUGUAGAACUCCCCUCUCCCUCUUCCUCUCCCUCUCCCUCUUCUCCUCAGACCAUGUGCACACACUUUCUGUACCUGUACCGGCGAGACGCCAGCCUCUGCUUCUGGUUGGGCCGCCUAUCUUUCGUUCUGCACACGUACCAGUGCCUAGCAGCCCGGUUUCUUACAGCAACGCACCAUUUUGGCGACCUACGGACGCAAGGAAAAGAGGACUUUCCAGCAUGGCAGUCUACAGAGCCCAUUUCUCCCGCUUCCACGAGGAUUUCUAUGCAGACUCACUACAUACCGCCCAUAACCUGACGCCGGGGUACUGUUCGUUCUCCAGCGAACUCUGCCACGCUGAGCCGUCAUACCCGAUAGCGCCCUUUUUGCACACAGACCUGCCUCCGGCUGGACAGACGGACGGCCUGGUCGGGCGUGGAUCCACCCCAUCGACGGCAUGCCUAGCCUGGGCCUCGGAGACGACUGGCUUCACGCAGCCUCGAGCUCAGGAGUGCGCAGAUGGGGCAGAUGCCGCAGGAGACCUCUUCUGGCAUCAGCUAGCCUCGGGCUGGCCGGAGACACGGCUAACCGCUGUUCGGCGGUUACAUCGGCUC